AAUUAUGAGUACGAGAAGUUCGGCCCAGAGAUGCCGAACCGAUCCAAUAACUUUUUAGAAAAAGAAAUCGGGAAUAUUUAGAUUUCGAAACAAGAAACAUUUACAUUAUUCGAAAAUCAGAAACUAUCUAAUUGAAAUCGGCAGUAAUAAAAAUUUAUUUCCGAUUUUACCUACAAAGCCAUCCAAUUUUUUUAAUUUCCGCCACCUUAUAAAGUAAUAAAACUGACAAAAUAUUCACCAGAUUUAUGUACCAAUAAAAAUAGUCAAAAGCAAAAUAUCCAAUCGUAGCCGUCGAUUCUCUAAACACAAUGCCAGCCUCACGAUUGUUCCGAUCCAACGGCUUCACAUUAAUCUCCAAUAAAACUCUCUCUCCAUCUCCUCACUCUUUCCCUAUAUAUAUGAAACGCCACAUUUCACCUAUUCACCUCACUCUGCUUGUGCUCUGCUCUCUACGCACUCGCAAAAUACAGUUCCAUACAGUUUUAUCUCUACAUUUUUCGAUCUCUCCAUUUUUUUUCAUCAGAAAGAGGUGAAGAUGGUGAAGAAUUACCCAGCUGUGAGUGAAGAGUACCUGAAGGCUGUAGAUAAAUGUAAGAAGAAGCUCAGAGGGUUUAUCGCUGAGAAGAACUGCGCUCCUCUCAUGCUCCGCCUUGCGUGGCACUCUGCUGGUACAUUUGACCAAGGCAGCAAAACCGGAGGUCCAUUUGGGACAAUGAGAUUCAAAGCUGAGCAGGGACACGGUGCUAACAAUGGUAUCCACAUUGCUAUUAAUCUUUUGGAGCCCAUCAAGGAACAGUUCCCCAUACUUUCUUAUGCCGAUUUCUAUCAGUUGGCUGGUGUUGUUGCUGUUGAAAUAACUGGAGGGCCUGAAGUUCCAUUUCACCCUGGGAGGCAGGACAAGGAGGAGCCCCCUAUUGAAGGCCGCUUGCCUGAUGCUACCAAGGGAUGUGACCACUUGAGGGAUGUUUUCGGGAAACAAAUGGGUCUGAGCGAUCAGGAUAUUGUAGCACUCUCUGGUGGCCACACUCUGGGAAGAUGCCACAAGGAACGUUCGGGAUUUGAUGGACCAUGGACUCCUAAUCCUCUCAUUUUCGAUAAUUCUUACUUUACGGUGCUUUUAGGUGGAGAUAAAGAAGGUCUUUUGAUGUUGCCAUCAGACAAGGCACUUCUCUCCGAUCCUGUCUUCCGCCCCCUUGUUGAGAAAUACGCUGCGGAUGAGGAUGCUUUCUUUGCCGAUUAUGCUGUGGCUCACAUGAAGCUAUCCGAGUUGGGAUUUGCAGAAGCCUAAGCUACAGAGUAGUGAUGGAUGUCCCGGCGGAUCGUUCUUUCAUGUUUUUUCUUUUUGAUAGUCUCUUUUUUCUCUUCGAAUUUCGACAUUGUCAA